GCUACGUGUAGACUGUUCGGGCAACAAUCCGAAGUAUAACAAACUGAAAAUGGAUUACUAUACACAUACACCGCCAAUCUCAAACAGCAUCAAACACAAUGCUGCAUGAUGAUGUUGCAAAUUGGGGGUGUAGGUAGGAUCUAUAUAUAUCAGGAAAUAUCGGCAAAGAGCUUCAAACAAGAAUGAAGAAACUAUGAGUUUUGAAGAAGCAAUGAAGCCACCAUUUGAGAAGUUAAAAAUACGCCAUCGGGAAUUGCUGCGAAGGAUCCCUCAUGUGAAGUUCUAUGGUAUGGGGGAAGAUGGAUUUUACUCGGUACACAUAGUGGAAGAAUGUUUAGAAAAUACAUCGAUUUUCAUUAAACAAGAAAUAUCUGAGUACCGCCUUCACUUUGUUCCCUGGAUGAAGGAUGAAUCUAUCAAAUUGCUUGGUUGUGCAGGAGGGCCUCUACAUAGCAGGCCGCGUGACAUUGGUGAUGAAGGUUUGCUUGAUGACUUUGUGGCAAACCCAAUGGGGACAAUUGGGGGACUCGCUGCUCUGGUUGAUAAAUAUGGUCCGUCAAGUCAAAAGGAGA